AUGGCGAGAGUUUUCAGGGUUGGCAUUGCUAUAGCACUUGUUUUCAGCAACUGGGUCGAUGGGUUCGUAGGUUAUUAUGAUCAUCACUUCAAUGAAACAGAGUUGUCUUUAUUAGAGGCUCAAGAAGCUUCCUUAUCCUACGCCGGAAGCAAUCUUCUGCUGGUAGGACUCACCCUUCUUCAAAAUGCUGCUGCUAAAGGAGCAGUUUGCUUGGAUGGAACAUUACCUGGAUAUCAUUUGCAUCGAGGAUAUGGAUCAGGAUCAAAUAGCUGGCUUAUUAAUUUAGAGGGUGGUGGAUGGUGUAAUAAUAUUAGAACAUGUGUUUAUCGCAAGAAAACCCGGCGUGGAUCAUCAGAUUUCAUGGAAAAAGAGAUACCUUUUACUGGAAUAUUGAGUAAUAAGGCUGAAGAAAAUCCAGAUUUUUUCAAUUGGAAUAGAGUAAAGCUUCGUUAUUGUGAUGGUGCCUCUUUUGCUGGGGAUAGUGAAGAUGAGACUGCAGAACUACAAUUCAGAGGGCAGCGUAUUUGGGCAGCUGCAAUGGAAGAUUUGAUGUCAAAGGGAAUGCGUUUUGCCGAUCAGGCUCUUCUUUCGGGAUGCUCCGCGGGUGGCCUGGCUACUAUUAUUCAUUGUGAUGAAUUUCGUGGUCUCUUUCCAAUGACCACCAGAGUGAAAUGUCUAAGUGAUGCUGGUUUGUUUCUUGAUGCGAUUGAUGUAUCUGGUGGCCGUACACUCAGGAACUUAUACAGUGGUGUCGUAGGAUUGCAGGGAGCGCAGAAGAAUCUGCCCCAAAUUUGUACUAAUCACCUUGAUCCCAUCUCGUGCUUCUUCCCUCAAAACUUGAUUGCCAAUGUUAAGACCCCGCUAUUCAUUCUUAAUGCUGCUUAUGAUUCAUGGCAGAUCCAGUCCAGUUUAGCUCCUCCAUCUGCAGAUCCGCAUGGCUAUUGGCAUGAAUGUAGAUUAAAUCAUGCUAAAUGUACUGGACCACAAAUCCAAUUUCUGCAAGGAUUCAGGACUCACAUGCUAAAUGUUGUUAAAGACUUCGCAAGAUCAAACCAGAAUGGCUUGUAUAUUAAUUCAUGUUUUUCUCACUGCCAAACUGAGAGGCAGGAUACAUGGUUUGCUGACAAUUCUCCUGUUAUUAGGAACAAGGCAAUUGCUCUGGCUGUUGGAGAUUGGUAUUUCGAUCGAGCAGGUGUUAAGGCCAUUGAUUGUCCUUACCCUUGUGAUAAUACGUGCCAUCAUCUGAUUUUCGGGUGA